AUGAAAGGUGGUCAAGGCGUGGCAAAGCGCGAAGCAGAAAACAUGAAAUUUGCUCUGGAAACCCUGGGCCCUCCAAUCCCCAAGGUUCAUCAUGCUUUCACCGCUGAGAUCCCAGAAGAUCCAGACAUACCCGAAACACCUUUGGUAGAAGCCCACUUCAUUGUCAUGGACUACAUAAAAGGAUCCAUGAUCGAAAAAAGCUGGCAGUCCCUGAAUACGACUGCCAAAGAAACUGUCGCCCAGCAAGUCGCGGAUGUUAUUAACAAGAUGCAGUCUACGAUCCUCAAUCAUAUGCCAGUAGGGCCUAUUGAGAGGUCCCAGGAUGCCAAAUUCCAAGGUCCAUGGUUCACAGACUAUGGCGCAGGGCCUUUCAAUAAGCUUGGGGUUGCGCUGGUAUAUAUCUGA